AUGGAUAAUUCGACUACAACCUUUGUUGUCAGCUUGGUGAUAGCCUUCAUCUUUUUGCGUUGGUUUAUAUCCACCGGAGACGCUAGCCAGUCCGUCCAACCGGCAACACCAACGCCCACGACGUCGACUCCUGUGGCAAAAAGGACGGUAAAGCCAAUAAAACGAGAAGUGACAAAUGAUAUGGUUGAGAUCGUCCAGUCGAUAUUGCCAAAGAUUCCAGAAUCAGAAAUCAGAGCGAGUCUGCAGAAAUCAGGCAGUGUCGAGGUGACCGUCGACGAGUUAAUGCUGGCCGAAAAGAACAAGACCAAAACGUCCUUUAACUUUCAGGAUGAAAAGGAGUUCAUGAUCCUGCAAUCGAGAGAGGCGUAUCUUCGCAAGCAUAAAAAUUAG